UCUACAGGAAUACAUGGGCAACUGAAAAACCACCAGCCACUGGAUCCUCCGGCUUCCGCUCCUCUGCACGUCCGUCCAGGUUUCCCUGCUGCUGCUGCUGCUGCUGCUGCACGUGCAGGACUCGGGGAUAAGAAGCGUGCAUCCUCCAUGCACCCAGACACCACCGAUGCAAUAACACUGUCACAAGGUGUAUUCAUAGACCAGACGGCAAUAGAUAGUGUCGGUGGGCCACAGAGAGUAAACGCAUGUGAGCAGUGCGCGGCUACUACUGUUUCAGACCCUGUAAAACACGUUAGGAAACCAGGGGUCGUUUAAAAGUGACUGAUUUACGGGUUUUAUAGCUCUAUAAAACGCCUCUAACAUCCUUGCUAGGGGUAAUAGAAAUGUCUGCGCAUUCUCUGCAAACUGGACAGUCAGAAAAGUGGCGUUUGAUGUCGUUUAUUAUGUAAUGAUUGCUAUGAAAUGGGUACACCGUCAACAUGCAUUAUUAUUAUUAUUAUUAUUAUUAUUAUUAUUAUUAUUAUUAUUAUUAUUAUUAUUAUUAUUAUUAUUAUUAUUAUUAUUAUUAUUAUUAUUAUUGAUGUUGUUGUUGUUGUUGUUGUUGUUGUUGUUGUUGUUGUUGUUGUGCUGCUUUUAUGGUGCAUGUGAGAUUCACGUCCACGUCUGUGUCUGUGGCCACAGCUGACACUGAUGUAAGAAUAGGAAGCCUACUGCCCAUGACAAGUUUACACAGCCAGCCUGUAUCAUCUUACAGUAUCACAGCAGAACUCCAUUAAUGGGGCCUGGUGGUCAGUGCCUCCGCCUGGAUUAGCAGGCACACUUGCCGGCUGGACUUCCACCUAUCAGGUUACUCUAGUCGUGUGCUUUUUAUGGGUUUGGAAUAAUUGGGAGCUGGUCAGAUUAUAAGCGUGUUAUGAACAUGAUGAUGUGCAAAUCGUUUACAUUUAUUUAUGUGUAUGCAAUGCUUGGUUGUAAAUGUGAGAGUGUCUUCUCAUCCACUGAUUGCAGUGCAGUUACAGUGUGCACACAUUUCCCUUUCACUUUGAGCACAUGUCUUCUAGAACCAUUGUCUUCUUUAAUCUUUAUGGAGCCACAUGGUCCAGUUUUGUCCUACAUGCAUUGUUAAAGAGUUUGAAUUCCACUGCCUUUGUUCCUUCACUGUGAGCAUGGCAUCACUUAGUGGGACUGCCUGUGCAUGGGAGGAGUCCUCAGCUUGAUCUUAGGUUACACAACUGCACUGAAACUGGUGUUCAACAACUUGGUUCAUGCAAACGUCACUGUGACUGCAGAGCUUUGAGUUCUGCUCCUCUGUCUCUGGGUGAUGCUGCUCUGCCUGGUUGUCAGGUCUGUGACACCGCAGCGCUACUGUUGUUGCAUUGGUUUCAUUUGAUGUCGUGCUGAUGGAGCUGAGUUAGUUUGGAUUGUUGUUUGUUGCACUAUUGUUCAGUGUGUGGAUUCAGCUGCAGCGUCUCACAGCUGCUGGACUUGAAAUCUUUCUUUUCUUCCAUCUUUCUUUUUAAAUUUCUUGUUGCUUGGGACAUGAAUGAAAUUAGACGCAAAGAAGGUGGAAAAUUGUAUUUUUGUUAAUCAGCUUCUUAUAUAUUUAGUUGUAGCAGGGUUUUUGUUGUUUUCUUUGUUUGUUAGCAGUUUAGUUUUUGUUUUUUUGCUGUGGCAGCUUCUCUAUCUUUAAGCUCCAUUCAGUCAAUUCUGAAUAAAAUAUGAACCUGCAGGUGUUUAAAGAACAAAGUGGAAAGACCAGGGUACCAUUUCAAAACCGAGCAGAUUUCUCAUCAUUGAAGGAAAUCUUUUGUCCAGGCAGCCUGCCCCUGACUCCUGUCCACCUUUAUCCAACAUUAUAAAUUAUCUGAGUGCUUUCAGAGUCCAACCGCACCUCCAGAGCAUCUCUCCACCCCACUCCUCUGUGACAUUUAGAGCCACAACAACCCCACACAAUGUUAACGUUGAGAGGACGUUAUCAGAGCCGGUCUCACAAAUGAUGCAGUUCUGUGUCCUGGGCUUUUUACUAUUUCAAAGCUAAAGACUGUGCCCUCAUUAAUUAGCAGAUAACCUUUAUAUGAGGAGUGCAGGCUAACAAAAUGAUUGCUUUACUAUUGUUGCACCUUAUCCUUGGCAAAUCACCUAUUGUCCCUUUGAAUAAUUGGGACGGGCGGAUUUUGCUUGUUUUAUUUUUUCCCUUGGUCAGCAACUAGGUACUAGUUUUGUCCCCAAGAUCAAUUGCCUCAGUAACACAACCAGAGAAAGAGAGAUGGAGGGGGGAAGAGCGAGUGAGAGAGAGAGACAGAGAGAGAGAGAGGGAGAGAGAGAGAGAAAGAGAGAUAGAGGGAUUUGUGCCCACAAUGGCGACUGUAGGUAUGCUAAAUACCUCUGGUUCCUUAUCCGGGAACUACCUCUUACUCUGCUAUUGGGCCACUGGGUCACGUGGUAAAAGUAACUUUACAGGGCUGCUCGCAAGUAGGAGGGCUUUAUGGAGCAGAAAAACGACAAAGCUAGAAAAAUUAUUUUCCACUCCAGAAAUUAAUGAUCAUGAGCUCGUAUUUGAUGGAGUCUAACUACAUUGAUCCGAAAUUUCCUCCAUGCGAGGAAUAUUCGCAAAAUAACUACAUCCCCGAGCAUAGUCCAGAAUAUUACAGCCGCGCAAGGGACACUGGCUACCAGCAUCACCACCAGGAGUUAUAUCCUCCGCGGGCGAGCUACCAAGAGCGCCAGUAUAACUGUGCAAGCAUCCCUGAACCCGACACGCCAAGGGGACAUGGAAUACCCCAUUCCGCGCACCUGCUGACAGGGAAAGGGCAGCCUGCUUCAUGUGAAACCCCACAGUUGUCCAUGUCCCCCGCCACACCACCGGCCGCAACCUCCGCCUGCAACCAAGCUACCCCGGAGCAUCCAAACAGCACAGCCUCGUCCAAGCAGCCCGUGGUGUACCCGUGGAUGAAGAAAAUUCACGUCAGCGCUGUGAACUCGGGUUACAACGGGACGGAGCCCAAGCGGUCUAGGACAGCAUACACCCGGCAGCAGGUCUUAGAAUUGGAGAAGGAAUUCCACUAUAACCGAUAUUUAACUCGGCGGAGGCGCAUCGAGAUCGCCCACACCCUGGUUCUUUCCGAGCGACAGAUUAAAAUCUGGUUUCAAAACCGCAGGAUGAAAUGGAAAAAGGAUCACAGGCUCCCAAACACCAAAGUGAGAUCCUCUUCCUCCUCCUCCGGGUCCAACACAAGCUCAGCAGCUGGCGCUGUUGCCGCUGCCUCGGCCACUAACACUGGGGCCCCCGACGAACUCACCGGAGCACAGCAUGGCGAGGAUAUUACCAGGUUAUAAAACCACGAACCGAGAGUGAGGCUAGAAAAGAACUGGUUAUUUAUAGAACAAUUAUAUAUUUUGUUUUUCGUAGCUAUCUUGUGCGGUUUCCUUUGAGUCCAAAGUUAUAUAAAAUGCAUGUUAUAUAGCAUGGAUUACUGCGAAUACCGAUGGAUUAUUUUUACGUGACACAGGGUUUAAUUUAUUUGAAGCUCAAUUAAAAAUGAUGUUUUUUAUUAAAAAUGUUUUGAAUGAAGGAAAAAAAAGUAGAAAAAAAUAUACAUUUUAUCAAAAUGUUAUUGUGGGCCAUUCUUUUGCCCUGCUGCCCAAGGUGAAAUGCACAAUCUAUUUAUUUCAAACAACACUGGAAGGAAAUCAAUAUAAUAAUAGUUAUUUUUGGUAUAAAAGCUGGAACACACCAUUGAUCUUGAACUUGUGUGUUUAGGAUGAUAACAAUGUGUGAUUUACCUCGUGUAGUUCAGAAACAGGAUUUUGAUUUACAAUUCAGUUUUUGUGGUGUUGAUGUUGUGUUUAGACCGUUAAAAAGCAGAUUAUUGUGAAAUGCAAUAAACGGAGUUUAGUGUAUUUGUGCUAAUCAUAUUGGUCAAUAAAACAGUGAGUGUCUACUAGUUUUA